GCUUCAUCUGAUAUUAUACCAUAAGAAGGACUUGCCCCUAACCAGGAACAUAUGUGAAGGGUACGACAGUACCAGAAAGAGGCACCAAGCAGACAUUCCCAGAGAAACAUGGACGGAGUUGGAAAUCUGACAGUAUCUUCAGCCAAUAACAAUACAUGCAAUGACACUAUUGAUGACUUCCGUAAUCAAGUAUAUUCUACACUGUACUCUAUGAUCUCAGUUGUGGGCUUCUUUGGCAACAGCUUUGUGCUCUAUGUCCUCAUAAAAACAUAUCAUGAGAAGUCAGCCUUCCAAAUAUACAUGAUCAAUUUAGCAGUAGCAGAUCUACUGUGUGUGUGUACACUGCCUCUCCGUGUAGUCUACUAUGUUCACAGAGGAAUUUGGUUCUUCGGUGACUUUUUGUGCCGCCUCACCACCUAUGCCUUGUAUGUCAACCUCUAUUGUAGCAUCUUCUUUAUGACAGCCAUGAGCUUUUUCCGAUGCAUUGCAAUUGUUUUCCCGGUCCAGAACCUCAAUUUGGUUACACAGAAAAAAGCCAGAUUUGUGAGUGCUGGCAUUUGGAUUUUUGUUAUUUUGACCAGUUCUCCAUUUUUAACAUCCAAACUUUACAAAGAUGAGAAUAAUAAUACCAAGUGCUUUGAGCCUCCACAAGACAUUCAAAGUAUAAAUAAUGUUUUGAUCUUGCAUUAUAUAUCAUUGUUUGUCGGUUUUAUCAUUCCUUUUGUUAUUAUAAUUGUCUGCUACACAAUGAUCAUUUUGACCCUACUAAAAAAUUCAAUGAAGAAAAAUCUAUCAAGUCGUAAAAAAGCCAUAGGAAUGAUCAUAGUUGUGACAGCUGCCUUUUUGAUCAGUUUCAUGCCAUAUCAUAUUCAACGUACCAUCCACCUUCAUUUUUUACACAAUGAAAGUAAGCCUUGUGACUCUGUCCUUAGAAUGCAAAAAUCAGUGGUCAUAACCUUGUCUUUGGCUGCCUCAAACUGUUGCUUUGAUCCUCUCCUAUAUUUCUUUUCUGGGGGGAACUUUAGGAGAAGGCUGUCUACAUUUAGAAACCAUUCUUUGUCCAGUAUAGCCUAUGCACCCAAGAAGAAGGUCUCACUGCCAGAAAGAGGAGAAGAAAUACGUAAUGAAUAAUUUAAACCUUCUAGUACCAAACAAUGAAAAGUUUCCCAAACAAGAAUUUCCUCAAGUAAUUUACAAUAAAAAUAUGCAUUUCCAUCAAUAAUUU